CUGGUCAUCAAAUUUGCGGACUGCUUUGACUUAUCAAUAGCCAAGGUCAUACUAGUGGACAAUGCCAUCCACCGCCUGAAUAUCCCCGCUGAUGCUACCUUCAGCUGCAAAGUACGACAGCGGCCAUUAAUACCACCCCAACGACCUUGGUUCCACAAAAAACUUAAUGAAAUGCUAGCAGCUGGAAUCAUUGCCCCAUGCCACCCUAGCAAAGUCAAAGCCGUCUCCCUAACCAUACUAGCCCAAAAAGCCCAUGAAACCAGUGGCCUCACCCUAGACGAGAUAUGA